AUGCCGGGCAUUUACUACUACAAGCGCGACAAGUACCCGCCAAGAUGGAACCAGCUGCAGCACGAUCGUUGGACGCAAAACCACUACGACAUGGCUGGAGCUGCGAAAGCAAAGCAAGGUCCCCGCAUCAAAAAGGAAGGCAAAGGCGACCUCUACAGAAUCGGCGGGGUAGACCUCCCCUGGGACCCCGAACUCGAUCUCGACAAGCCCAAGCCCACGCCUCUAUACCCUGCCUUCCAAAUCCCCAAGCCAAAGCCCCUGACCGAAAAGGAGAAAUCCCAAGUCGCCCACUUCCGCAAAUUGCGAGAAAGCAUCAAAAACGGCCCUCUCUACACCGUGCUCGGAGACAAUGUACGAGUGGGCAAGUCUGGGACGUCGGCUGCCGCGGCGUUCAAUCCGUUCGAGGGGAUGCCGAAGUAUAGUCAGAGGUAUACGAAGAAGAAGAGGAUGAUUCCCAAGUUGGAUACGAGACCCUACGUGCUCAAAUUCUUCCCCAAGGAACUCUGGUCCACCAUCGAUCCCUCCGCUACCGAAACCAACGGCGUCAUCAACACGGACACCAAAGGCAAAUCCUUACAACUCUCUGGCUACGAGAAAGACGCCGAGAUGUCGGAGGACGAAGUGGAUGUGAAGGAAGAGAGGGACCCAGAUGAUGAGGACGUGCCGGAGGGGGAAGAGGUGGAUGAUGAAUUCGAUGACGAAGAGGAUGGGGGUGAUUACAAUGCGGAGCAGUACUUCGACGACGGAGGGGAUGAUGCUGGGGACGACUAUGACGCUGGUGGUGAUGAAGGGGGAGGCAGUUAUUAUGACUAA